AUGACUGGGGAGGUGGCGCCUGCUUUCUGUGUCAGGGCACCCAAGGGGGGGCUGUCUGCCCCGCUUGCCAUGAGUCAGCCCAACCACACCGGCUCUGCCAUCUGGCCAUCUUUCUUCUUGGUGGGGAUACCUGGACUGGAGUCUGCUCACAUGCCCGUGUCCUUCCUCUUCUGCGUGAUGUACCUGCUGGCGCUGGUGGGGAACGGGACAAUCCUGCUUGUCGUCUGCCUGGAGCGCACACUCCACCAGCCCAUGUACCUGCUUCUGGCCAUGCUCUCCGUGGUGGACAUGGGCCUCUCCACCUCCACCAUCCCCAAGAUGCUGGCCAUCUUCUGGCUCAGUGCCCAUGACAUUGCCUUCCAAGCGUGCCUGGCCCAGAUGUUUUUCAUCCACGCCUUCACUGCCCUGCAGUCCGGCCUGCGGUACACAGCGAUCCACACCGACUUGGCCAUUGCCAAAAUGGCCGUGGCCAUAGUCGGCCGGGCAUUGGUGCUCCUGGUUCCGCUGGUCCUGCUGGCAAUGCGCCUCCCCUUCUGCCAAAGCGGAGUUGUCGCCCACUCCUACUGUGAGCACAUGGCGGUAGUCAAGCUGGCCUGUGGGGAAACCAGGCUCAACAGCGCCUAUGGGCUGGCUGUGGUUGCCACGGUGAUCGGGUUUGACGUGUGCUUCAUUGCCUUGUCCUAUCUCCUCAUUCUUGGGGCGGUCUUCCGACUGCCGUCCAGGAACGCCCGAGGAAAGGCACUCAGCACUUGCAGCUCCCACAUCUGCAUCAUCCUGCUGUUCUACACUCCAGCAGUCUUCUCCUUCUUCACCCACCGUUUCGGCCACGGCGUGGCUCCCUACGUCCACAUCCUCCUGAGCAACCUCUGCCUCUUUGUCCCUCCAGCACUGAACCCAAUGGUCUAUGGCUGGAGGACGAAGCGUCUAAGGCAGAAUGUAGAGAAGAUCCUCCUACAGCAAGAGGUUAUUUUUAUUUUUAUUUUCAGCGUCACAACACCUAAUGGUCUAAAUUCCUCUUUUGAGAUUUAUCAUGUUGUUGGUGUUGUAAUAGUCAAGAUCUAA